GUGACCUAAACCUUAGUCAAAGAAACCCAGGUUUUGUUCGCGACACACCAUACAUCUAUGGUUAUUUCAUAUAUGAAAGAAAAAUUAAAAUCCUUUCAUGCAUACUGAAGAUUCAGAGCUGACACUACCAUCUCCUUCUAUAAUUAUAUAAUAUAAAAAAUGACAAAGUUUGAACCCCAACCGUGACCUUGACCUUAGUGAUAGAAACUGGAAUCUUGUUCGCGACACACCUUACAUCUAUGUUUAAUUCAUAUGUGAAAGAAAAAUUAAAAUCCUUCCAUGCAUACUGAAGUUUCAGAGCAGACAUGACCAUCUCCUUCUAUAUUUAUUUAACAUAAAAAAUGACAAAGUUUGAACCCCCACAUUGACCUUAGUGGUAGAAACCCAGGUUUUGUUUGUGACACACCAUACAUCUAUGGUUAUUUAGUAUAUGAAAGAAAAAUAAAAUCCUUUCAUGCAUACUGAAGUUUCAGAGUGGACACGACCACCACCAUCUAUAUUUAUAUAAUAUAAAAAAUGACAAAGUUUGAGCCCCCACAGUGACCUUGACCUUAGUGGUAGAAACCCCAGUCUUGUUCGCGACACACCAUACAUCUAUGGUUAUUAGUCCCCUACCGGUUUACCGGAGGGGACUUUAGGUUUACCCUCCGUCCGUCUGUCCGUCAGUCUGUCCGUUCACUUUUGUGUCGCACGUAACUCAAAACAAAAAGUAUUUGACCUAGAGUCAUGAAACUUUACAGGAAUGUUGACCAGCAUGUGUAGUUGUGCACCUGGGUAUUUUCGUCUGGAUAUUUUUAGUAUUUUCAGAGUUAUUGCCCUUGACUUAGUAAAAUUUUGCAAUUUUCAACUUGUGUCGCAUGUAACUCAAAAAGUAUUUGACCUAGAGUUAUGAAACUUUACAGGAAUGUUGAUCAGCAUGUGUAGUUGUGCACCUGGGUAUUUUCGUGUGGAUAUUUUUAGUAUUUUCAGAGUUAUUGCCCUUGACUUAGUAAAAUUUUGUAAUUUUCAACUUGUGUUGCAUGUAACUCAAAAAGUAUUUGACCUAGAGUCAUGAAACUUUACAGGUAUGUUGAUCAGCAUGUGUAGUUGUGCACCUGGGUAUUUUCGUCGGGAUAUUUUUAGUAUUUUCAGAGUUAUUGCCCUUGACUUAGUAAAAUUUUGCAAUUUUCAACUUGUGUUGCAUGUAACUCAAAAAGUAUUUGACCUAGAGUCAUGAAACUUUACAGGAAUAUUGAUCAGCAUGUGUAGUUGUGCACCUGGGUAUUUUCGUCUGGAUAUUUUUAGUAUUUUCAGAGUUAUUGCCCUUGACAUAGUAAAAUUUUGCAAUUUUCAACAUAUGUCGCACAUAACUCAAAAAGUAUUUGACCUAGAGUCAUGUAACUUUACAGGAAUAUUGAUCAGCAUGUGCAGUUGUGCACCAGAUAUUUUCGUCUUGGAUAUUUUUAGUAUUUUCAGAGUUAUUGCCCUUGACUUAGUAAAAUUUUGCAAUUUUCAACUUGUAUCGCAAGUUACUCAAAAAGGAUUUGACAUAGUCAUUAAACCUUAUGGGCAGGUUGCUCAGCAUAUUUAGAUUUGCACCUAGGGUUUCGCUUGUGGAUUUAUCCAGUAUUUGUAGAGUUAUUUCCCUUGACUUAGUAAAAAGAUUGACAGAACAGUGGCGCGGUGGGGGCACCCGUGUCCUAUGGACACAUUUCUAGUUUUGACUUUUCUUUACCAGGUAAGGAUAAUCUGUGAAAAUUUUAAGAGAAUAUUUAAUUAUAAAUAAAUAAUGCAUGAAUUUGUGGGUAACAGUAAAAAUAUUAUUCCGAAGAAAAUACUGUCAUGCGAGCCAUUACCCGAGGGUAACAUUAUUUACAUGAUGGAUGAUAUUUUGACUGUUACUCACAAACCCUUGUGGUAUUUAUUUUAUUACCCAAAACAAAUCAUUUGAAUACUUCCUUUCUAACUGUAACAAAAUUGAACCAAAGGCAACACUAACUCAAUUAUCCUUACCUUGCAAGAUCAAAAAAAAAACGUGACCAGCUUUUCUACUUUUACCCUGUAACAGUACAAAUUUCUUAGUCUCAUGGUACACUUGCUUUAACAGUGAGAAUAACUCCCAAAUCAACAUUACAACAAGAGGGCCAUGAUGGCCCUGAAAUUGCUGACCUGAAUAUAGACCACGUAGCGGAGCCCAGCGCCUUUAUUUGAACAAAUUGUGUAGACACUCACUAGAAAAUGUUUCAUGCUUAAUAUCUAAGCUCUAGCUCUUUGGGUUUUUUAAACGAAGAUUUUUGAAGUAUUCCCUAUAUACAUAUAAGGAAAAUCAGGGGUGAUUUUUUACCCUAAGACUAUAUUUGAACAAACUUGCUAGACACUCACUAGAAAGUCUUUCAUGCUGAAUAUCAAAGCUUUAGCUCUUUGGGUUUAUUAAAAGAAGAAUAUUUAAGAUUUUUCUUUCGGCUUCCAUGGCAACCAGAAUUCUGCAUUAAAUUAAAAUCUUUGAACAAUUUUUAAAAGGACCACCAAAGUAACAUUCCUGUAAAGUUUGGAUGUAAUUGGCUUAGCGGUUUAUGAGGAGAUGUCAUUUAAAGUAAAAGUUUAUGGAAGGACUAUGGACGAAAAGUUAUCAUAAAUGCUCACCAUGUCACUUUGUGACAGGUGAGCUUAAAAAGAGAGGGCUAAUAAAAAGAAUUUUAUAAUUAUAGUAGUUUCCCCCCCCCCCUCCCCAAAGCAUGUGGAUCAACUAAAAUUGUUUUAGAUGAUCAAUCUUAGUAAGGUGUAAAUGCCAUCUUUUUUUCUAUACAAGGAGAAAUGGAUUUAAAUUGUAUUGAUAUUUAAUUGACUACUAAUUGAUAUUGGAUCAAAAGUUGAAACUAUAUGAGAUAUCAAUAUUGUAAUUUGAAGUGACAUCUCCAGCAAGAAACAUAAUGAACAUAAUUGUAAUUACCUUGAUGCACUAUCAGAAUCUGUAAGAUCAACCACUUCAGCCAUUUCAAUGUUACUUAUGUCAAUGAAUAUGUCAGUAUGAUUAUAUAAUCAUUAAACUGAAAGAGAAGUAAUAGUAAUAUAUAUAUAAAUUGUAUAAUCAAUAUAAAUAUACUUGCUUUAUUUUUGGUGGGGAGGGGGAGAAAGAAAGACCUGACUUCUCAAUUUAGAAAAAAAAUGAGGGCUUAUAUUUUUCAGAAAAUGUUUUAUCGACAUUUUCUUGAAUAAAUUCUUUCAAUGUAUAUUUGUUGAAAAGGUAUCAUUAAUUUCCCACUCAUUUCUAAGUUUUCAACAUUUAAAUAAAAUAUUCUAUCUGCUGCAGUAAUAAUAUUCAGUGCAAAACCAUUGUAAGUAAUAUAACAAAUUUUGAUGAUGUCAUCACAAAUAUUUUAUAAAUUCCCAUAAUAUUUAUGGCAAUCUGUGAUCAAAAUUUGGCAGAAUUUUAAAGUUUUAAACUUAAAGGAUAUACUAUGCUCAAAUGUGCUAUAUAGAGGAUAUUAAAUGAGUGUAGUUUAAUACUAAAUUUAUUGAACGAGUUGAAUAUAAUCAUAUUAUGCGAGCCUCUGGCGAGCAUAAUAUUGUUUUAUUCAACAAGUUUAAUAAAUUUAGCAUUGAAUCUACACGAAUAUAAUAUUCUAUUUAUCACAUAUAUAAAAUAAGAACACUAAACUGUAAAAAUGAGUAAUUUUUCAAUGACGUGCCUAUAGUGUAACGCUAACAUUAGCGCGCUUUAACGCAAAUGACGUCACGUCAAAGUGUUAUUACACUAGUGUAAUAUUGUUUUUAUUAAAUGGCUUUAUUACACUCCCGCGCCGCAUUUUAUGUGAUAAAACAAAAUAUCGAUAAUUGCUACACAGUCUCUUUGUAAAUAUGAAAUAAACAUUUAUUGACUUCACACAAGUAAAUAUGUAAAAAAUGCUACACACUAUUAAGGCCCCCACGGUUAAACGUUCAAACGGAUUCGUUUCGAUUUUCAUUCCUAAACGUUUACAAUAUUUUUUGCCAUUUAAUCGAAAUGACCAUAUUGUCUUACGAAAUAUCUUAAUCAUUGCCUGUAAUCACGGCUUUUAUCAAUUCCAAUUGGUUUAUUCCGAAGUAAACAUGGAAAAUGGGUGUUUUUGGUGAAGUUGAUUUUCCUUUGAUCUUUCAAAAGAGCGAAAUGGGGAUGCAAUGCAGAAAAUGUGUGCCGGCACAAUCGUGAUGAGCCCUGGACAUUAUUUAUUUGUACAUGUAUUAAAAAUAGAAAGUAUGUCAUGAUUUGCCGACUCGAAUACAUGGUGUAGUGUAGUACAUAGAAGUACCACCGUUUAAACGGUAUCGUUUCGGUUCUUAGCAAUUGUGUAAACGUUUACAAAAAAUUGUAAACGUGGGAGCCUUACACACUAUAGGUAGUCACUAUAUUGAAUACAUAGUGUCAUUAAUAAAAGAACAACAACAGUCUUUUUAAGAAAAGUUUAAAGGAAAGACCAACUUUAAGUGAUCUGUAAUAGGGAACGCAGCUUCCCAUGCAUAGUAGUAGAUUACUCACACUGACCACAGCUUUCACAGAAGUGGUGGGUAUUUACCCACUACAGCAAACGGCCAUAUUUUAUCCACUGCUUCUGCGACAAAUACUCCACGGCCGCUGAGAUAGACCCACCACUUCUGCGAAAGCUAUGGUCAGUGUGAUACUGUAUUCAUUCUUUUUUUCAUUUACAAUGUCAUAGAUUUCAAUAACUUUUUGUAAUUAAAAUACUUAACUCAAAGAUGGGCAUAGUAUAUAUUUAAAUCUUCUUCUGAUGAUUUUUUUUAUUUUUUGUUCUUUGUAAAAUAAAGAAAAUUCAAUCCCUAAAUUUAUAUACCAAUUAAGUGCAACAGUUAAUUUUUACUUUCUGUAAUAUCAAGCACUUGUUGAGAUUCAUUUAUUUUAAUUACUGCAUUACAUUUAAUUCUCUGCACAGUCAUGUGCAAAAAAUAUAUUAAAAAAAAACUGAUAUCGAUGAAAGACUUCAAUUCAUUGCAUAUAUAUAGCAAGAGGCACAAUGAGAUUUAAUAUCAAAAACCUAAUUAAUACUGUGCAUAAACAUAAAAUAUUAUAUUAUGCAAGAAUGAAAAUAAUUGUCCCAUUUUUGGUCAAAGUUUCAAAGUUGAACUUUUAGACCCAAGUCCUUUGAAAACAUGUUGACCUUUUUUUAAUAAGGAAUGAAUUAUCCAUAAUGAUGCAAAUAUAAAACUCCUACAAAUCAUAAUUUUCUUGUAACAAAGAAGUCAAAAUUUCAUACUUUUCAAUCAAAGGUCACAUCUGAAAUAAUAUCAUCCUCUCAGUAUUGUCAUAUUGGAAGUGCUAUUCCAAGUGUGAAUCCAAUCCAUAAAUAAUGUACAAAAUUAUAACAAUUUAAAGAAGCUAUUUGAAAUUUCCAAUUACAUUUUCGUAUAUAUAAAUCCAGAAUAAAUGUGAAGAUUCAAGAUCAUUUUCAUUCAAAAUUCAUAAAAGUUAAAUAAUCCACAAGUAAUUUCCUCUUGGUAGCUUGUCUUUCUUUAUUGUUAAUUAUUCUGUGCUAUUUGUUAGAUUUCAUGUUUGUUACAAAUAUUAAGUGAGAUUAAUUACAGCUUGAAAUCAAGCAAGAACUAAGUUGUAAUUCCACAUGGCACUGACAUGCCAAUGAGCAAUUAUUAACUUUAGGACAGUAUCUAAAUGAAGUGUUGGCAGAUUAAAUUGUUCCCAGCAGAGUUUCCAUAUAAAACAAUCUGCAGCUGAUACCACUUCCAUUUGUGUGGUCAGGUUGACAAGAUGGCUUGAAAAUUUAUUUAAGCCAAUUAGUAUGCCUUAAUCAGCUGAUCACUGACCAGUGGUUGUAGCACUACAUGCAAUUUUUUGACUAAAGUCUUGAGGUUUAUAACUGGCAGUUAUACUCCACUGAUUAAUCACCCCAUUAAUUACAAUUACAGUAUAAUGAUAAGGUGAUAAGAUCAGGCAAUUCCAAUUAACAUAUGAGGUUAAAACAAUGUAAAAUGCACAAUAAUAACUUUUCUGUUCAUUCUUUUCUCCUUAUUUUUUGACUGAAACUUUAUCACACAAUUCUAAAAAUCAAAAAUGUCAGAUGACUUUUCUGCCUUCUUUCAAAAAUUCAACUUAUCUGAUUUGAAACCUGUUUUUCUAGAGAAUGAUUUCAGAAAUAUUGAAGGGUUAAUGGAAGUGACAAAUGAGGAUUUAAUAGAUAUGGGGAUUACUAAACUAGGACUGAGGAAAAGUUUUCUUGGAGCCUUGACCAAGGUUAAAGGUAAAAAAGGAUUAUACAAAAAUAUAGCAAAUAGCUUCAGUUUACAGAAAUUAUUAAAUUUUCUGAUAACAUAAUUAAAUUUUAUCAGAUUAAUUUGGAAUAUGAUAGUAAAUGGGCAAAAAUAAUUUAAGCGGUUUUGUUACAGACAUACCAGGAUAAUAAUCUAUAAAGGAUAUUGAAUUGGUGUAGAUUUAAUACUAAAUUUAUUGAAAGAGUUAAAAAAAAUCAUUUAAUGUGCGUCUCUGGUGUGCAGAAAUAUUGAAAUAAUCAAUGACUUAAUUAAAUUUAGUAUUGAAUCUACUCAAAUAUAAUACCGGUAUUCUUUUUAUCACAUAACUGAAGAAAGACUGGUAUACAUUUAAAAAGUGUCAUUUUUCAUUAAAACCCCUAAAGUGUAAGAAUUAGUUUAUUGAGCUUAAGCAAAUUACAUCAUUACACUAGGGUAAAAAACAGUUUUUAUCAAAGGGCUUAAUUACACUGCUGCUCCAUGGUUUAUGUGAUAACAUACUAUGUAAUUAACUUUUUUUAUUAAUUUUUUAUAAAUAAGUGAUAUUCGUUUGGGUUGGCUCAAAGAAAAUAUGUUUAUAGGUUUUGCCUUCUUGACAGUUAAUAUAAUUAUUUAUUAUCAACAGCAUAUAAAUAUAAUUCUAUAGACAAAUAAUGAAUACUAUUGUUAUUAGCAUAAUCAUUAUCUUAUUUCAUAAUGCAAAGUGUAUUAUAGUUAUGUAUACAGUAGUAUAUUAUAGUUAUGUAUACAGUGUAACUUCUUAAAACCGAACACCUUGAGACUAGUACUAGCCAAAAAGUUCGAGAUUUUUUAAGUUUCCAGAAUUCAGAAGUUUGGGAUUAUCUGGACAAGUAGAACAUUCAACAUCAACAUGAUGAAAUGUUAUACUCUGGUAAUAACCUGGAAUGUUUAAAGAUUUAUCCCCAGAGUCUCUUGUCAGUUGAUCUGUCGGUCUGUUUCUAAAAACUGUUUCCUGAGAUCACUUUUAAAGGCAUUGGAACUUUUCCAACAUAUUUACUUACAGAGAAAAGUUGAAACAUCAGUUAUACAUCUCAUCCUGAGAAAAUUGGAUCUUUGAUUAUCUGUUCUAUAAACAUAAUUAGGGACUAGGUACAGCCUUACUUAGGUACAGACAAACUAAGAACUCAAAAGAUUUAAGUUUAUUCAUGUCAUUCAUUCAUUCAAUGACAUAAUUCAAUGUCCAAUUGCCCUUCAGAAUGUUGCUGGGGUCUUCUAACUGGUAGGGGACUUAUGGAUUACUUGCAAUACUAUGAAAAUUGCUUGUUAUAAUUAUUUUGUGGAUUGUUGCUAUAUCUAAUAAUACUUACAUGUACUGUCAACAUAAUCAGACUAAUUCACUUUAAAGCUCAACAUGCCUCCAGAUGAGCCGAAAUGUUUUUGAGCAUCAAACUUGAGAAAAAAUGCACUAAGAUUUUAAGAAAAUUAAAAGGAUUCAAGUUUCAAGUAAUGAUUUAAAUGUUAAGUAUGAUUUAUUACAGAAUUUGCAGUAUUCUGCUCAUUAAAUGCAGUAUAAAGACCUAUUAUUGACCACUUUUGGUAAUUAACAUGGAUUUAAAGUUUGCAAUGUAUGAAUUACCUUUUCUGUUCACAUUACAUUAUUUUACUUUUGAAUACCUUUUCAAAAUUUAACAGAAAAGUAGCAUGAAUUUAGAUGUGUGAUGCUUAGAAAAGGACAUGCAGUUGAGACUAUCUUAGUUAAUCAUAAAUGAGACUUAAAGCAUGAUUUUUUACUGACAAUUUAUGUGAAACAUUUGCUUUCCAGAAGGAAAAAAUGCAACAGAGACAACAAGUACAAAACUGCAUGUAGAAAAUUCACCAACAACUCCAGACACAUUAGAAAUUUCUGACCCCUCCAAUGAUCAAAAACAGAAAAGUUCUUCAAGUGCAGCCACAGAUGUUGGAAAAAUUACACAUGCAAGCUACAGUGAUGAAAGGCAGAUGUCAAUGCAAAAGGAAACAAAAUCAACAGAUUACUUUACUCCAUCAAGACAGAAAGAGUUAACAAAGAAGAGGUUAUUUAGUUCUGUUGCUAGUAGUAAUACAAAUGUGGAACAAAAACUCAUAACAGAGAUGAUGAGUAAUUCCUCACCAUGUCCAGAAGCUCGGAGGAAGGGAGUCAGAAUAUACUCCCCACUGGAGAUACAAAAAGCAAAAGGCUAUGAAAAGCUUAGACUAGCCUUUUGCAAUGAAAUCGCAGAAAAAGCAGCUGCAGAUGGCUUAUCAAAGACUGAGAUUUCUGGAGUAUGCGACUUCGAGUGGCGUCUGCGAAAAAGUCUUUUAAUAAGGGACAAUGCAGAUGGCCUGAGCAGCCCUUCAGUAUCAAAAAAUAUCGAGAGAAUGGAAAGUGACACAAGGAAAGUAAGGGAAUGUGCUCGACUAGUGAGCAAAGCCCGGGAUGAAAAUAAACAUGUGUUAGCAGAUAAUCUGGAAAAGAUUGAGCUUUUCAAACACUUCUCUGAACUAAAAAAAAGUCAGGAUGCAGCUAUUAAGGCAUGCAAGCGUGCUGAAGAAAAGCUAGAUAAAAGUAUGGAAAAUGCAGACAAGGACUUGGAGGAACUGGAGGAAGAAGAAAUAAAUGAAUGUAUACAGGAAGUCAAAAGAAAGAAACAUGAAUUUAAUUUUCAAUGACAUCCUGUUAAUUUUUUGUUUGCCCCCCGGGCAUAUAGUAAUUGAACUGUCCAUCCGUCUGGCCAUCUGUACAAACCCUGAGGUACUUGUAUGACUUGGAGAACAAUGGGUAAUAAUUAAUUCUCUUUGAUCCCAUUCAUUCCGUUUUUAUUUGUGUGUCUCUUUUAUAAGCCUUGAGCGACUAAAAAUGGCUAAAAAGGUCAAAGGAAAAGUCACAUUAGUACCAUUUCGUAAGUACGUCCAUCUGUUUGUACGAGGUUAACCUAAAACAGCAAGUUGGUUUUUCUCAAGUUUUACCUAUAUCAAUGGCUUCAUACUUUACACACUUACUAAUUAACACAUAGUACAUAAUCUGGGCAAGUUACAUAACUUUGGCUUUCAUUUUACCAAGUUAUUGCCCUUUUCUUGCAUUUAGAAAAUGAAUAAGUGGUUAACCUAAAACAGCAAGUUGGAUAAUUAUUAUCUUAUGUUCUAUCUAGUAUACUAAUGGCUUCAUAAUUACCACACAUACUUAUCAAUACAAAGUACAUGAUAUUGCCAAGUAAUAUAACUGUGCCAUCCAUUUUUCUCCUCAGUUAUUUCCCACUUUUUACCACUUUGAAAAUAGGGCUUUGUGUGGUUUACCUAUUCCGGCUUUCAUUUUAGGGUCAAGGUCAAUGUCACUGGUGUAAAAAACUAAUUUAAACAUGCUCAUUCAGCCUUUAUUUUUUAGUUGACAUCAUACAAACUCCUGAGAGAGGUCCUCUUUCUUUGGGUUUAGUUAGUGGUCAUUUGGGUCAGGGUCAAAGUCAUCAUUGCAAAAAUAGAUUUCUACAUUUUUACAUUUCAACCUUAUUCUAUUGACAGAAUCUUAUCAUUUAUUAUUGGUAGGAACAUAAAAUUGUAGUAUUUUUAAUUCGAUUGAUAUUUUAUGCUAUUAGGAUUACUUAAUUUGAUAAUCAAUUGCUUUUAUUCUAAGGUUUAAAAGUAUUGGGUCGCAACUAGCAUGAUUGUAAAAUAAAACAUGUGAAUUUAUUCAUGUCUUUAUUAUUUUCAUAAUAUCAGCAGAACUGGUCUAUCCAUUACUAUUUAUGUUGAACUUUAUUGAAAUUAGUUACAGACAGUCCUACGCAUAACUGAAUCUCAGUAAGGGCUUAUCAGCUAGUAAAUCAUUAUUAACUGUAAAUCUCCCAUUAACAGGUCCACUGGAGUUGAAAGUUUUGUCAUUAUUAAUUGCCCCUCUGUAUUCUUAUCUAAUGGCUCCAACGUUGAAGGAUCAAAUUUCUGUAGAAGAUUUAUCAAAGUUUUUUCUCCUUUCUUUUGUAAAUAGGUCUGUGGCCAAAUUGAAUUGUGAAACUUAGCAAUUAUUUGUAAAUAUACUUUAAAACAUACGAUAAAUUUUUUAAUUAAUAAUAAAUAAAGUUCAAUAGUUAAGUGUCACUGUUACUCAUGUUAUGACUGAACCUCCCUCCCCCGCUAAAAACCAAAAACCAAAAACUGUUCAUAGAUAUAACUUUUACUGCAAAGUGCAAGACUCUUAACUAAAAUGACCAGGUAAGUGAUAUUUUUUUAUUAUAAGCUCGACUUUACUAAGAAUAUGGUGAGUUGUGCUACUCACCUCGGUUUGAAAGUCGACGUCAGCGUCCAUACUUUAAAUUAAUGUUUAUGUGCCUUUAACUUUUUUAUUUCUUAAGGUAUCAAUUUCAAAUAUAUAUUCCUUAUCAUCAUCCACAUCAUUUGAUAAGGUGCAAAACUUUAAAAACAGUAUUUCCAGAACAAUAUCCCCUUGAACUUAAAAUAAUGUUAUAUUUUACUCUAACAUCUUCAUUUCAUAUUAAAGUAUUGACUUUAAACUUCAAACAUGUGUUCCUUAUCAUCAACUACAUCAUAUGUGACAAUGUUUUUUUUUUUAACUCUAGCACCAAUUUUUCUAGAAUUAUUUCCCUAUGAACUUCUUUUUUUCUCUCAAGAAAUGUUACUUGUUACUUUCUUUUUUAUUUCUUAAGGUAUCUACUUCUAACUUCAAAUAUAUUUCCUUAUCAUGUGUGACAAGAUUCAUAACUGUAGCAUGAGUAUAUCCAGGAUUAUUUCCCCCCAUUAAACUUUUUUUUACAAUAAAAAUUGAUAUUUUAUAAUUUAAAACAAUAACAUGGCAACCUAAGGCUUCAUAACUCUAGCAUCAAUAUUUUCAGAAUCAUCCCUUUAUAC